UUCUCAUAGAGAGGGAAACAAAACAAAUCGAUCUAUAAUAACAAAAUUAUACUACUAUUGAACAAUGGCUCCGCCUCCGUCCUACACCGUGUCCCCGGUCGUGUCGCUCAUCGUCAGGCUUCUGACGUUCAUAUGCCUCUUGAUAUCGCUCAUCGUCCUCGCCACCGCCACUGGCACUGCUUCGACCACCUUGGGGGACGUUGAAAUCAAAUUCAAUGACUUCAUCGCAUACCGAUAUCUAUGUGCCGCAGUGGUGAUCGGAUUAGCCUACACAGCCAUGCAAUUGGCCUUCACCAUUUACCACGUAACGACUGGAAAUCGAUUUGGAGGCGAGGGCCUUGUUUUAUUUGAUUUCUAUGCUGACAAGGCGGCAUCUUACAUUCUCGCGACGGGUGGUGCAGCGAGCAUCGGAAUGGCCUUGGACUUGAAGGACCUAGGAGAUGCGUGGGGAAUCAGCAAUUUUAUGAACGUCGCCAAUGCCGCCGCCAGCCUUUGCUUACUAGCAUUCCUUGGCACCGCCGUGUCGUCAAUAUUCUCGUCAUUUGCUCUUCCUAAAAGAGUCUAAUUUCAAGUCUAUAUUUUCCAUUUAAUUUUGAUUUCUUUGUUUUGUAAGUUCAGUUUGGUUGGUAAUAGUUGGUAUGUGCUGAGUU